AUGAAAAUUUCAAAACUCUUCUGGUUGGAUUUACGAUCCUCAGGUAUCUCUGCUUUGGAGCGCCUAUCCUUGGAGGAAGCGUUGCUGCGACAUGACCAUCGGAAUUGGUUCCUUGUAGGCUCACAUCAACCCUUGGACCACAAGUAUCUUACAAAAAAGGACUUGCCGAGCUAUGCUUCUCCAGUACCAAACCCUGACUGCAUAGUCGUAAUGGGAGUUGGCGGUAAGCCAUCCGAAUUGCUCAAUAUUCCACUAGUAAAGAGCAAGAAAGUCUUGGUUACGAAAAGAUUUUCAGGAGGGGGGACUGUAGUUCUGGACUCGAACUCAAUUUGGACAACAUUCAUUGGGAGAAAUGAAGAUUUUUUGCCGCAUGGUGUUGAACCGUUUCCUAGGUCGAUCAUGAAAUGGACCGCCGACAGACUAUUUGGACCUGCGUUCAAUAAACUUAACAAUGCACGACUUUCUCCUAUACUGGUGGACGAGAAUGAGACAUCCCCAUCUGGUUUUGGUAACCUUGGAGAGAAGACUAUGCAAAAAUUGGAUUCAGAUGUUUCGGGGCCCCAGUUUCGAUUGCGGGAAAAUGACUACGUUCUCGGAGAUCUCAAAAUGGGAGGAAACGCGCAGUCUAUUGUAAAGGAUGGAUGGUUACACCAUACCAGCUUCCUAUGGGACUAUGAAGAUUCCCAUAUGCAAUAUUUAAUGCUUCCAAAAAAGAGACCAGACUACCGAGGCGAACGCUCGCAUCGCGAUUUUCUCGUUCGGUUGAAGUCCAUCUAUGGUGAUUCGUCUGACAUUUUCGUCUCAAGUUUGCAUGCGACUUGUUCCCAAACCGCAUUGAACGUGGAAAGCAUACCUCUUAAUCGUGUAAUGGAGGAGGUAGUAAACAACAAACUGGGUGGUAUGGACACUUGGUUUGAGAAGUGCAGGACAAGAAUACUUCAUAAAUUUGAUUAG